UGUUGGUAACUUUAGUAAAAUGAUUAAACAAGAUAGUAUUUUUCUGGUGUAGCAGCAGUAUACCACGAGGAAGAAGCCAUACGGGCGGCGACCUCGUGUGGCAGAUGCGAGGCUCCUUGCUGGGGCCAUUCCAACAUGGUGCCUUCGCCUUGCCGGCAUCAUCCGUCGCCAAUUUCUUGCACUCCGUACCCUUCCAUCAAAACUAAACUUGCGUACCCCAAUCACAAUCUCACGGUAGGAUGGACGAAAUGAAAAGCUGGUUUUUCGGAUUGGAGUACUUGGAUUACUUCUGGGCGAUUCUGUUAUCAUUUAUAAUGGAAAGAAUCUGCUGCUUGCAAGAACAAUUUACCAGAGACUAUAUAGUGCUCCCAGACCCACCGACAAAUGACGACGACUCAUAUCAUUCUAUUAACUUAGAAGAAUUUUCAGAUAGAGAUGGCUCCCUGAAGCUAAGUUUUCUGCGCCUGUGCCGGUUAUCACAGGUCACCAUAUUGCUGACACUCGUCUACUUCUUCAACAUUUGCUUCUGGUUUGUAAUGACGAAGAAGGCUUCGCCCAAGUACAGGUUUAAAAUAUCUAUUUCUUUAUGAAAUCUAGAAUA